GCAUCCAUCCAGCGCCAUCGCUGCCGCCAUUUUGUUCUGCAACGUGACCAUCGAAAGAAAUUCUAUUUGAAUUUCUUGCGAGCUGUUCACGAAAGUUUUGCUUUUAAAUUGUAUUUUUGCUUAUAUUAAUUAGCUGUAACUUGGCAUACGAAACUAUGCGCGAAGUAAUUUCCAUACAAAUUGGGCAAUGCGGCACGCAGAUCGGCAACUCCUGCUGGGAGCUCUAUUUGCUGGAGCAUGGCAUCAAUCUGGAUGGUAGUCGCAAAACGGAUGCGCAGCAGGUGGAGAGUGGCCGUGGAUCGAGCGUGGGCCAAGGCACCUCCGACAAUGAUGCACACACCUUCUUCAUGGAAGCGGGCAAUGGCAAGCAGGUGCCGCGUUGUAUCUUUGUGGACCUGGAGCCAUCGGUAAUCGAUAGCGUACGCACGGGCGCCACCCGGUAUCUGUAUCACCCGGAACAGCUAAUCUCCGGCAAGGAGGAUGCAGCCAAUAACUUUGCCCGUGGACGCUAUUCGAUCGGCAAGGAUGUACUCGAUCGGGUGACAACGCGACUGCAGAAGAUUGUGGAGCAAUGCGAUGGUCUUCAAGGCUUCCUCAUCUUCAACUCGAUGGGCGGCGGCACUGGUUCCGGAUUUACCUCCUUGCUCAUGGAGUCUCUGUCAAAUGAUUUCAGCAAGAAGUGCAAACUAAACUUUGGAGUCUAUCCCUCGCCGAAGGUGUCCACAGCAGUGGUGGAGCCGUACAAUGCGCUGCUAACGACCCACUCGACCAUGGAGCAUGCGGACUGCGUCUUUAUGGUGGACAACGAGGCCAUCUAUGACAUCUGUAAAAGCAAACUGGGCGUGGACAGGCCGGCGUACAACAAUCUGAAUCGCCUGAUUGCCCAAAUAGUUAGCUCGACGACUGCCUCGCUGCGUUUCAGUGGCUCCAUGAAUGUGGAUCUCAAUGAGUUCCAAACGAAUCUCGUGCCCUUUCCUCGCAUACACUUCCCGCUGGUCGCCUAUGCACCGCUCAUGUCCGCAGAUCGGGCUGCCCACGAGCAGCAUGCGAUCACCACGCUAACGAAUGCCUGCUUCGAGUCCUCCAACAUGAUGGUCAAGUGUGAUCCUCGAGCUGGCAAGUUCAUGGCCUGCUGCAUGCUCUUCCGCGGCGACGUGGUGCCCAAGGAUGUGAACGCUGCGAUCUCGGCAAUCAAAUCGAAGCGGCAUAUCCAAUUCGUUGACUGGUGUCCCACGGGCUUCAAGAUCGGCAUCAACUACGAGAAGCCGGCCUUUGUCCAGGAUGGCGAUCUGGCUCCCACCUCUCGCGCCUGCUGCAUGCUCUCCAACACGACGGCCAUUAGCGUGGCCUUUUCCAAUCUGGCCUACAAGUACGAUCUGAUGUUCAAGAAGCGCGCCUUUGUCCAUUGGUAUGUGGGCGAGGGCAUGGAGGAGGGCGAAUUCAACGAGGCUCGGGAGGAUAUAGCGGUGCUCGAACGGGACUUCAACGAAGUGGGUCUGAACAACGAUGAGGAGGACGACGAAGAGUACGCCGAGUUCUAAGCAUCCUUUCUUUAUCAGUAAUAUCAAUUCCAACUAAACCUAAUCUCAGCUGUCACAAUAGAUCUAUUUAUGAGUUCCAUAACAAUAUAUCCAUAAAGAUUCCGUUUUAAAUUGUAAAAAAAUAAAACCUAGAUAAGUAUUGUUAUAUAGUAUAUUAUCUUGAGCUGGUUUCUCGGGCUUUGCCGUUCCCGACAAUUUCUAAUCAGCGCUACCCAAAAUUCGAGUGUUGUAUUUAUAUAUUUCCAUAUACGUAAGUCUUAAAUGUAUAUACUAUACUAUAUAUUCCAUGUAGAUCUAUGGAUCAAUAAAGGAACUCUACCAAAUGAA